AUUUACAGGAACCAUCUCCUCUUAGACUGAACAAAGAAAGGGUGUCCGGAUGGGGGACCGAGUUGCCGUCGGCCCCUCUGGGGGCAUCACUCCAGUGCAGCAGAUGCUGGCCUCUGGGACCGGCGCUCUCCUCACCUCCCUGUUCGUCACACCACUGGAUGUAGUGAAGAUAAGACUGCAAGCGCAGAGGUCACCAUUCUAUCAAGCUUUGGCUGUUGACUCUGUGCCCUGGAGCAAUGUUAUACGUCCAACUAAGUGGAAAUGCUUCCUGUAUUGUAAUGGCUUGAUGGACCACAUCUACGUCUGUCAGAAUGGCACGAGUUGCACCAGCUGGUACAAGACCCCCACACAUUUCAGCGGGACCCUGGAUGCGUUUGUGAAGAUCACGCGCUACGAGGGAGUGAGGUCUCUGUGGAGUGGGCUGCCUCCAACGCUAGUGAUGGCAGUGCCAGCCACAGUGAUCUACUUCACCUGCUACGACCAGCUGAGGGACUUCCUGCGCUAUGGGAUGGGCUACCAGGGGAGUCAGGUCCCCCUUGUGGCUGGAGGACUAGCCAGAUUGGGGGCUGUGACUGUGAUCAGCCCCCUGGAAUUGGUGCGCACCAAGAUGCAGUCGCGGCAGCUGUCUUACAGCGACCUGCGGGUGUGCAUCCGCUCUGCUGUGGCCCAGGACGGAUGGCUGUCCCUGUGGAGGGGCUGGGGCCCCACCGUUCUACGGGAUGUACCCUUCUCAGCCCUGUACUGGUUUAACUACGAGCUGGUGAAGGCCCAGCUGUGUGUGGGCUACAGGGUUACAGAGGCCACCUUCAUGAUGAGCUUUGUCGCCGGGGCGAUCUCUGGGGCGGUGGCAGCAGUGAUGACCCUGCCCUUCGACGUGGUGAAGACGCGGAGGCAGAUCCAGCUGGGAGAGAUGGAGACGCUUGCAGCCCCAGCUAAGAAGCCCUCAUCCACCUGGCACAUCAUGGGGAGGAUCUGGGCUGAGUCAGGCUACAGGGGCCUCUUUGCAGGUUUCCUGCCCAGAUUGGUCAAGGUGGCCCCUGCCUGUGCGGUCAUGAUCAGCACCUACGAGUUUGGGAAAACCUUCUUCCAGAAGCUGAACCGGGAACGUGCACUGCAGGGGGUGUGAGAUUGACACCCUCUUCAUCCCACUGUGAGCUGAUACAGGACAGCACAUCAUUACCUAUCCAAAUAGUUUAAAUCCAACACCACAAUCAGCCCAUUUUAACACAGUUAGAAGGAGUGCCCAGUUUAACAUGUAGCAUCCCCUUAGCAUUGUAGCAGUGUGUAUUACUGCAGUGACACUGACUAUAUAUGUUAGCUGGGUCAGAACAACAGAACUCUGUAUUGAAGCUUUUCAGCAGGAAACUUGAAAGGGUCCCUCUAUGCCUGCAGGCAUACUUUUAUUGAAUAGUAUAAUUUAAUUUUUGUUUAUGGGAACUUGGGGGUGUUUAGAUGUUGAACAUCUACCCUGAAGCUCUCUGGACAGAGCUAAUAGACAUCAGGCUAAUACAUUGUGAACCUUACAGGCAGGAGACUGCCUAAGCCUAAGUCUGCAUGAACGCAUUUUAGGACACCAUCUGGCCGACUGUUUCCAUGUGGCCCCUGGGUUAGCCAGGCUCCUUCAGCUGUAGUGGCAUUUCAAACUGUUUGGCUUGUGCAGUUCUUUGCACCCGGAUUGAAAAGGUAAAAUGACUUGAACAAAGCUGCAUGCUUUUUGACCAAGGAAUUGUUGGUUUUCCUCUCACUACAAGAUCGGUGUGCCUUUUACCUGGCAUGUUACUAAAGAUUUCCCAUCUCUGCUCCGCAAUGCCAGCUGGUGGCCCACCAUUGGAAUAACACUGAGACAUGGCCUUGUCUUGUGAGGUCAGCGGUGGUUAAAGACAUGCAUGCACACCUGCGACAAACAAGACAUUCCACCCACUCACCUCUGGGAUGCUGUGCCCUGGUUGCUGGAACCAGUUGGCACUGCUGUCAACCUCUGCAUCAUGGAGACAGGACAGUUAAAGGACGCAUUGCAUGUGGUGGCAGCAAGACCUCAAUGCAAAUGGAUAGUUGGCCUCUGAUGUCAGCUACCUUGCGCUGAUCUGUCAUGUGGCUGCGUGACACUGGAAAAGCGGCACAGAAGCCUUGACCAAGAACCUAUGCUGAAUUGAACAUUCGUUUUUGUUUAGAAGUGAAUAGAUGAUAUUGGAGCCUUGGAACCGGUCAGCUGGUUUUACUCUGCAAUGUCCACUGCUGUUCUUUUGAUUUUUUUUUUUGUCCGGUACCGUUGAGGAAGGUCUGAGAGAAACUGUUUCCUCACCCAGUUCUACAGUGUGGAAAAGCUAUGUUUGAAAGUGCAUGUUCUCAUUUUGUGUGUGGGCAUAGUGGACGGCCAGUGUGCUGAGACAGUGGAGUGGAACCUGCCUGCUCAGCCUUGUAUUAAACUGUUUAACCUGUGUUGUUCAGGUGCAUCAUCUUCACCACUUCCGAUCAAUAACCCACCCACUGUGAACCCAGCUCUGGUGCGUUCCAAACUCUUUUGGCUCAAGUUCUAUUAAAUGGGUAAAGUUAAGUUAAACAUGGCGCUAGCUUAUGUGAGAACUGACAAGCAGUUGUAUUUUGGUUGCAAGUCGAGCAAGAACCAGUAUUCACUUUCAGAGAACAGCAGUUUGCGCUUUACUUUUUACUCCCAUAGGUGCAGUAUGCAUGUUUAGUUUUCGGCAACUGCAGCGUAACCUUGGAUAAUUGUGACAAAGUCACUGCUGCUGUUCAUAGAUAGAUAGUUUGAUGAUAAACUUUUUGUUCUGAUUUAAAUAGGUGUAUGAUUACGAUGGAUGUUUUGUAUCAGUUGAUCCAAUCACUGGUUGUUUGUCUGAGGAGCCUUAUUCAGCUUGUCAUUUUGAAAGUCUAGUCUUUUGUAUAAUGCUUUGUGAAGUUCUGAAGAAAUAUUCAAAGACUGUGGAAAGUUCUCUGUCACUGGGUUAUGUGGAAACACUCAUCUAUGGAACAAUGCAUAGGGCAGGACUGUCCUUUCAUGAGAUUGUAUUUUUCAGUGACUUGCAUUUUUAUUUUUUUUAAUGGUCCUUGACUAUUUACUUUGCCAUACUUGAAUGUAAGCUCUUAAGAAUAAUAAAGACCUUAUUUGAUAA